CUGAAUUUCAGGGCAGGUGUCAAGUUUGACAGGGAUCGCAUCAAAAUCAUCCACAACGAAAAGCCGGGAGCGAAUCGGCAGGCAAACUGACGAACAACACAACACACCAGCAACAGCAAGCCAAGCCACCAAGCCAACAAGAAGCCAAGCUCAGCGAGAACAAGCGAUAUCCUGGUGUUUGCUACCCACCUUGUGCACCGCAGCAGCCAGCAGCAGUACCAGUUCUUUCUUUCGUCGGCUCUCGUUGCGCCUGCUGUAUUCUCUUCUCCGACCCGCAGUCUGAGCGGCGAGUGGGUGAAGCAGCGCAGCACCAUACAUCCCAUCCCAUCAGCAUCAGCAGCAGCAGCAGCAGCAGAAACACAAGCAGGUGGUCAAGAUGGAGUGGACGGUGACAUACCUGGGCAGCACAGAUGUGCGGGACCUCGACCUUGAUGAGACACAGCCUGUCCCAGAUCUGACGCCACAGCUGCAGCAGGCAGUCAAAGAGAUUCGAAAGGCAAAGCGACACCAUGACCAGCUUGCCAUCUCCGUCAACCCAGACUGCCUGUGUGCGCAGCCGCGACAGGCCGGCGGCCCCACCAUCUACCAGCCCAUCGGCAAGAUUGUGUUUGUCAAUCCGCUGACGGAGGGCGCUUUCAAGAAGGCAUACAUGUUCGCAUACAUCGCCACCACAGAGGGGACCCGUGUUGGUGGGCCCCACCCCAAAUACGUGUGCCAUGCGUUCAAGUGCAAGAGCGACCCCGAUGCAAACGCCAUUGCGUUCGCCGCUGCCCGCACCAUGUCCACCAACGCCCGCAGGAGGCCCCUCACCCCUGGUGCCGACAUCACCCGCCAAGACCUGGAGAGCGCCGUGCUGUAUUGGAACGCAAACUCGCCAAAGCUCUUCCACUUGGAGAUUGGCAAGGACGACGUUGUCAGCGGCAACGUCAAGAUCUCCUGCCAAGUGGACGCCUCGCUCAAGACUGUCAGCAAAGUUGUCCGUCUCACCACCUCCAUCCGCGGGGACGAGCUGACAAAGCUGCUUGCGGAGAAGUUCAACCUGGGCGCCAUUGACGCGUCGCAAUACGCCGUCUUUGACUCGCGCGACACAGGAGAGCAAAACAUGCUUGAGGACGACGACUCGCCCAUCUUCAUCGCCAUGACCGUUUCUGACCCUUCGGAAGUGACUUUCCUGUUCAGGAAAUUGCCGCCGGGCCUCGUGCGUGUGUCGCGCACAGACAACAGCGGAUCCCGCACGAACAUGAGCGCAUCCAACGGAAGCAUCAGCACAACCCCGAGCGUGGAGAGCGGAGCCGCACACCACCACCACCACCACCAUCACACACAGCAGUCCCAGCAGCAGCAACAAGCACAGCAACAGCACGCUGACCACCACCAGCAGCGUGGCAGUGGCACCCUCUCCAGGCAACGGUCACAGGCUGGCUCCGACACAACAGGCGUGACGCUUGAGGACAUUGGCGGGGAGACGAGCACGGAUGAGCUGGACGUGUCGCCGCUGGGACCGCUGCUUCCGUACCACGAGGCCGACGAAGACCUCCUCCUCAAUGUCAUGAUCACAAGACAGAGCGGGAACCUUGGCUUCAAGCUGACGCCGGCGUAUCUGCUGCAGAUGUGCAUUGCAUACCGCUCGCUCAAGGACGGGCCUGGUGCUCUGCGCCGUCUCCUCACGAAGAUUGCUGCAGAGAUCAACAAAGUCGUCAGGAAUAAUCCGGACGACCCGGACAUGCUCCUGUUCUGGGCAUCCAACACCCUCAAGCUCAUGGGCUCUCUCCUCAAGGACGCCAGCGUCUUUGCGGUGUUCACGAGCUGCGCAAAGCAGCUGCUGGAGGACACGGUGUCGCUCGCUCUUCGCGGGAUCACGCGCUGCGCCGUUGAGGAGGACAGGAAACCAUACGACCUCGAGGAUGCACAUUGGACGAACGACGUGGAACUCCGGGCUGUCAUUGUCGACCACUACCGCACCCUUGACCAGAACAUGUCGCACGAGAGCCUGAGGGAGGUCGUGAACAAGAUCACAGCGGCGAUGCCCUCGCCACAGAAGCAAACGCGAACGCACAUGCGGCGAACACCGCAACACGUAGAGGACGACGAUGGUCGCAGCUCACGGCAUUCACACGGCAGCGACACGUCGACGCGUCUUGGGUUCUCGUCGCAGCAGCACCCGAUGACCUCGACCCCCGUGAGCCAGCGCCGGUCGGAUGACAUGCACGUGGUGGAUAGCAUGGCCACUGCUGUGCACGGCGAUGCGCAGAGCGAUGCAGACGUGGGCGUGCUGCCGUCGCUGCCGCCAGAGUGGGAGGAGCUGGUGGAUCACGAGACGAAGCACCGCUUCUUUGCCAACCACAAAACACGUCAGACAAGUUGGACCGACCCGCGGGACAAGCUCAUCACGGUCAACCUGAUCAAGGGCGAUAAGGGCCUUGGACUCGGCAUCUCCGGCGCUAAGCGCACGCGUGACGGGCGGCUUGUUCUCGGCAUCUUCGUGUCGUCGCUCGUGCCGGGCUCCGCUGCCGAUGUUGACGGGACACUGCGCGAUGGCGACGAGAUUCUGGAGGUCAACGGCCACAGCCUCAUCGGCGUCAACCGCGAGGGAGCAAUCAACUUCCUGAAGCAAGUGCGCCAUGGCGAGACUGUGACGCUGCUCGUGUCACAGGAGCCGAGUCCCGGCGACCACCUGCAGAGGCUCAGGCACACACAGCUCUAGCACACACACACACACACACACACACACACACACACACACACACACACAC